UCGAGCUGCGGCUGCCGCGGCCGGUGCCAGAGCGGGUCUCGUCCAGGGGAGUCUGCGGCGGCGGCUGCCUCGGGGCCUCGCCGGCUUGUAGCAGCUGCUCCGCCCCCGCGGCCGGCCGGAUGGAGCCGCCGUGCCCGGCCUGAGCGCGGCAGCGGGAGGAGCGGCUGGCGGCGGCGGCAGGACACGGAGCGGUUCCCCCGGCCCGGGCGGGCGGGCACAGCAUGGUUGACUAUAUCGUGGAGUAUGACUAUGAUGCCAUACAUGAUGAUGAGUUAACAAUUCGAGUUGGAGAAAUAAUCAGAAAUGUGAAAAAACUAGAAGAGGAAGGAUGGUUAGAAGGGGAGCUAAAUGGAAAAAGGGGCAUGUUCCCUGACAAUUUUGUUAAGGAAGUUAAGAAUGACCCAGAACCUAAGGAUGAUGGUUUGCCAAUCAAGAGGGAGAGGCAUGGAACUGUAGCAAGCCUUGUGCAGCGCAUGAGCACCUACGGUCUUCCAGCAGGAGGAUUUCAACCCCAUCCUCAAUCCAAAAGCUUCAAAAAGAAGUUAAAGAAGCGGCAGUGUAAAGUGCUGUUUGAGUAUAUUCCACAGAACGAGGAUGAACUGGAGCUCAAGGUGGGGGAUGUUAUUGACAUUAAUGAAGAGGUAGAAGAAGGCUGGUGGAGUGGAACACUAAAUGGCAAGUCAGGAUUAUUUCCUUCAAACUUUGUAAAAGAAUUAGAAUUGACAGAUGAUGGGGAAACACAAGAAGUCCCGGAGGACACAGAAUCUCUUGUCACUGGCUCUCCCUCACCUGUGGCCUCUCCAGGGAAUGGAAAUGAACCUGGAGCUGGACCAAUAGCACAGCCAAAGAAAAUCCGAGGAGUUGGGUUUGGAGAUAUCUUUAAAGAAGGUUCAGUGAAACUUAAAACGAGAUUACCCAGUAAUGAUUCAGAGGAGAAAAAGCAAGAUAAGCCACUACCUAACCUUCCACCGGGACCAAAACUAACCCAGUUUCCUAGUGUAACAAAAGCAGAACCUGCAGUAGAUGUAACAAAAGUAGAAACUGAAAGCAAACCAAAAGUCAAGGAAUAUUGCAGGACUUUAUUUGCCUUUGAUGGUUCAAACGAAGAUGAACUUGGUUUUAAAGAAGGCGAGAUUAUCCAGAUAAUAAGUAAGGAUACUGGAGAACAAGGAUGGUGGAAAGGAGAGCUUAACGGUAAAGAAGGAAUCUUCCCAGACAACUUUGCUCUUCAAAUACAAGAGUCUGAUAAGGACUUUCCAAAGCCAAAGAAGCCACCACCUCCUGUUAAAAGUCCAGCUCCUAAGCCUGAACUUCCAAUAGGAGAGAAGAAGUUUCUUUCUUCUAGACCUGAAGAAAAAGAUGAAAAGGCAGCUCUGGAUCAGAAGCCUUCUAAGCCAGUAGCUCCCCAAGUCCCACCCAAAAAGCCUGUUCCUCCAAGCAAGAAUACUAAUAUAUUUAAAGCUGGGCUUCUGCAUCCAAAACGACCAGAUAAACCAGUUUUACCAUCACCUGUGUCCAAAUCUAAUGGGGAAGUGGUUUCCCUUCGACCGAAAUCUGAAAUUGAGCCACUAAUAAAACCAAAGUUAGAUUCUGAACAUUUACCGCUUAGACCAAAAUCAGUAGAGGUAGAUUCAGUUGCAGUAAAGAGCUCUAAAGAACCAGAUCUUUUAAGUUUUGAUGUAAUAGCUACCUCAGAUAAUCUGUCACACCCUACUGCAAGCAGACCAAAGAUGCCUGGCAGGAGGCUGCCUACUCGUUUCAACGGCAAUCAUUCUCCAACUCAAAAUGAGAGUACAGAAAAAAUUGUGAAGGAGCAUAAAGAGGAGGAAGAAAGUGCCAAGCCAAAGCCAUCUGAAGUUAAAAAGUCACCUGUGUUCACUUCAACACCUCUAUCUUCAUCUCCAAGACCAAAUUCUAUUCUACUCAGUUCUGCUCCUGGAGAAAUCACAGUUAAAGACCAAACGGAAGGGGGCGGAAAUUCUGUGGAUGAUCUCAGGAUUCAGAUUAAUGAGUUGUUGAGUAUUGUAGAAGCACUGAAAAAAGAUCAUAGCAAAGAACUGGAAAAACUAAAAAAAGAUUUGGAGGAAGAGAAAAUGAUGCGAAGUCUCCUAGAGGCUGAAAUAGAAAAGCUGAAGAAAGCAGUCAUGUCUACAUGAGUCAGCCACAGACUGUGUCCUUAACUUGCCAGGAAUUCAAACGCAGAAUACAAAUAGAACUGACUUUUUUUUUUUAGUUCAGUAAAAUGAAAGCUGGUGUUCCAUGGGCUUAGAGGGGGGGAAAAGAGUAAAGAGGAAUAUAGUCUUGUAUUCAGAGAGACAAGAAAAAAAAAAGAUUGAUGUAAUUUUUUUUGCCAAUAUAAAAGAGGCCUUAUUUCUUACUGUGCUGGAAUUGCAGACCUUUAUUUUCCGGUUUGCUUGAAAAUACUACUGAAUCUGUAUAAAAAGAAGAGGGAGUUCUUAAUAGAUUUUUAUUGAAUACUUGUAGUGUAAUUUUUAAAGAGAUCUAUACUAUAAAUAGGGUGAUAUAUCUUUACAAGUAAUCUGUAAAAUAGUCAAUUGGGAAGGAGGGAGUAACCUAAUAGUAAUUGUAGUCUACUUUUCCCAGACACCCAAAAGGGAAUAUAUGAUAUUUGUAUAUUAUUUUUUAAUUUUAGCAUUCUUUCCCAGGAUUACACUGUUGUGCCUGUCUGCAGUGAGAGUAUUCGUAAUAUGCUGUUUUAUAAUUUGGGUGAUGAGACAAGAAUUUGGUGGUCCUAUGUGGCAGAUUAAUCGCCUAUGCAUAGUAGUAAUUAGUGAUCUAAUCAAAAUAGUUUAUUAAACAGCAAACAUUUUGUCACUUGCACUAUAGGAUUUAUAAAAGAGAUUUAUGAUUGAACCAUAAAACUAUAGUAGGACAAAGUUAAUUCUUAAAGCCACAAAAAAAGGAAAAAGAAAUCCAGAGUUAAGGCUAAAUCCUGUUGUGCCUAGGUAUCGUAGCACAUACGACAUGCAAAAUCAGCCUUAACUUUGGGGGUUUUUUUUUGCUUUUCUGAAUUUAAAUCUAGCUCAUCAGUCUUCAGUGGUUUGUUUCUUUUUUGCAGUAAUAGUAGUAUUAAAAAAGAACUUUUUAAAAGCUUCCUUCAUAUGAAUUGCAACUUUCAGAGUCUUCAGUCAGCCAUAUGCAUAUACACAUACAGGUUCAUACAGUCUUUAAAAUUGGGUAGUAUUACUCAACAGACACGGAUGGCUCCAAACAAAUCACUUUGGGCUCUUAUGUAAAUAUUGAGACUUUUUUCAAAGCGUAUUACUUAUGCCAUAAACCAUAAGCUCUCAGUAUGUUAUGUAAAUCCAAAUGUAAUCACAUUUUAAAGAAAUAUAUAUUUUCACAUGAUAGAUUGGAACAGCUUCUGAUGAAUCAUUGUGCUGAUCUGACACAAUGUCUUUCAUGUAUUCCCCAUGGAAAAAAGUUGAAAACUUGCAGGUCACAUUGUACCUAACCCCCCCCACCCACCCACCCCGGGAGCAAUGCAAAUAUCCAAGUAAUAAAUACUGAAAAACUAUUCCCCGCUCUCUUCCUCCCCCUUAAUUCAUAUUUUAUUAAAGCUAUCCACAGUUGAUACAAAUCUACAAUAUUUCCAGCUUUUUAAAUAGAAACCCUAAUUAAAAUGCAUUGCUUCAAUUAAGCAACAACCUCCUCAUCUCUGACCUAGCGGAAUAUAGCGUGCCCCCUAGUUUGACAAGCUCACCAAUAAAUAGUCUUGGCUUGUAAAACACCAUUUAGAUUUCUAUUCAUGUGAGUACAGUAGGGGUAGUAAUGUAGAUUCAUGAAGUAAAGUGAAAGCUUUUAAUAAAUCAUGAGAACACUUUUCCAUACGUGGUGCACAAGAAGUGGCAAACAUCUAAAGAGUGAAUUGCAUGAUGUUGGUCUGCAGUUGCUGAUUGCAUUUUUCAUGAAAUCUGAAUAGUAAAUAUAUUAUACAAGUUUUAGGUUAUAUUUCUGAGAAAUUGCUAACCAGCUGGUUCAAUAUUAACUCUUAAUUGCCUUGACGCAUCACAAAUGAAGACUUAAGCCACAACUUUAUAUCCAGGAAUAAUGGAUAGCAGUAGUGUGUCUGACACUAAACCUUGCAUUUAGAACUCUUUUACCUCUUUACUUACAAAGUUUGAUAAUGCAAAGCAAGAAAUGAGCCUAGUGAAAUAGAAGAUUCUCUAUUUUAUAAGCUCUUCACUGUGACCAGAGCAUAAAACAAGUCCUAUGAUAGGUUGCUCUGAUGAUUAUCAUGUCUGCACUUAAGCUUGUAGCAGACGAGCGGAACAAGACAAUCAGUUAAAUCAAAAAUUGAAAGGUGUUGUAAGAAGUUAAUGGCCUUUUUCGCUGUAGCAAUAAAUGAGCAAGUGCAAUGACUUGAUUUAAUAAAAAUCAUCUUUUAAAAGUCGCUGCUAUGAGUAUUUUUAGCCAUAAAGAAGUCGGCCUAAUACAUGUCUGUCUUAUCUAUGAUUAGUGUUGUGUAAUACAAUGGAGGUGGGAAGGGUAAUGUUUAUACAGACAUUCCACAAAAUACAAGUUCUUUAAAGCAUAAUGCUUCACUGACUUGUUUACAGGUGCUGUAAAAAUCAUGCAUGCUAUCAAAACUCCAGCAAAUAAAAAAAAACAAACUACA